AGUCACCACCUGUGGGAGCUGAGGGACUACUCCCGCCACAAAGCACGGCUGGGCGCCGGUCAGGCCGUCCAGAGCAGAGAAUUCACGGCGGGAGGCCACCGUUGGGCGAUCUUUUUCUACCCCAACGGCCUCGACUCCGAAACCCGGAGUCAAGGCUACGCGUCCAUAUUCUUGUCCCUGCGGAGCGGCGGCGGCGGCGGCGGCGGCGUCCAGUUUCUUCACGCGAUGUACGCGUUGGCUGCCGACGGCGGCGUCAAUUGGGGUAUCAACCUUUUCAAGAUUCGAUUGGGGAUUGGGUGCAUCAGGCCCCGCGAGCAGUCUGGUUCGACCAAAUUCAUCAAGAGGUCCGUCCUCGAAUCCCCCGACAAUGGUUACCUGAAGGAUGAUUGCCUGAGGCUACUGUGCACGAUUGGGAUCCUCGAUUGCCCCUUUCCAAUAAAUCACCCCUUUCUCAGGUCCCCAAUCCACACCAACAAAGGCCGAGAUCAAUGCAAAUCCAUCAAAGAGAUAUGGUCAUCCUUGUUAGAGGAGGCCGUUCGUUGUAAGGAAUCUGCUUGUGCCGUCCUACGAAGGGAACUUUUGGCCAGCUCGAUUUCAUUUUCAUCUGCUCCUAAGGGGAAGCUAUUAGAAAGUGUUAUUUGGCGUGUGGGUGCAACUAAGAUUGUCCGAAACCUAUGCCCAGAAAAAUUAGGAUUCGUACAAAUCUUCACCCAAUAUAUUUCGUGCCGGAGACGAAAAAUCGGUACACAAUCUGUGAUGGAAAAGGAAGUCGGAAAGCUGCACAAGGGUUCCCACUUGUGGGUGCUUAGGGACUACUCCCGUCACAAAGCACGGCUGGGCGCUGGCCAGGCCGUCAAGAGCGGUGAAUUCACGGCGGGAGGCCACAGCUGGGAGAUCUUUUUCUACCCCAAUGGCUUACACCCAGAAACCCGGCGGAAAGGCUAUGCGUCCUUAUACUUGUGCCUGAGGAGCGGCGGCCGCGUUCAGUUUUUGCACGGAUUGUACUUGUUGAAUGCCGACGGACGUCAUCGGGGUAUCAGCUUGUUCAAGUUUUGCUCGGGGAUCGGGUGCCUCAGGCAAGGCCAGCUGUCUGGUCGAAGCCAAUUCAUCAAACGGUCCGUCCUCGAAUCACCUGACAGUGGUUACCUGAGGGAGGAUUGCCUUACGCUACAGUGCACGAUCGGGGUCCUCGUUUGCCCCUUUCCAAUAGAUCACCCCUUUCUCAGGAUCCCAACCCACAAAAACGGCCGAGAUCAAUGCAAAUCCCUCAAAGAGAUAUGGUCAUCCUUGGUAGAGGGGGCCGUUCGUUGUAAGGAAUCUACUUGUGCUAUCCUAAGAAGGGAACUUUUGGCCAGCUCAAUUUCAAAUUCAUCUGCUCAUAAGGGGAAGCUAUUGGAAAGUGAAGUCGGAAAGCUGCACAAGAGUUCCCACUUGUGGAUGCUGAAGGACUACUCUCGCCACAGAGCACGGCUGGGCGUCGGCCAGGCCGUCAAGAGCGGUGAAUUCACGGCGGGAGGCCACCAGAGGGAGAUCGUUUUCUACCCGAACGGGGCACACCUAGAAACCCGGCGGAGCGGCGGCCGCGUCCAGUUUUUGCACGGAUUGUACUUGUUGAAUGCCAACGGCGGCCAUCGGGGUAUCGGCUUGUUCAAGUUUUGCUCGGGGAUCGCGUGCCUCGGGCCCGGAGAGCUGUCUGGUCGACGCCAAUUCAUCAAACGGUCCGUCCUCGAAUCACCUGACAGUGGUUACCUGAAGGAUGAUUGCCUUAGGCUACAGUGCACGAUUGGGGUCCUCGAUUGCCCCUUUCCAGUGGAUCACCCCUUUCUCAGGAUCCCAACCUACAAAAACAGCCGAGAUCAAUGCAAAUCCCUCAAAGAGAUAUGGUCAUCUUUGUUAAAGGAGGCGGUUCGUUGUAAGGAAUCUGCUUGUGCUGUCCUACGAAUGCUUUUGGCGAGCUCAAUUUCAAUUUCAUCUGCUCCAAAGGGGGAGCUAUUGGAAAGUGUUAUUUGGCGUCUGGGUGCAACUAAGUUGAAGCACAAGAUGAAGGGUGAUUACUGUAACUUAAGCUUGUCUACGUGCCCGCGCUCGGAUCUCAUUGAGCCCCCAUGUUCCCGGACUCCCGAGGAGAACGGGCCCGACUUGCCGGGCCAGGAGUGCUCAACCUCGAUUUCUAACGAUGAUGAUGGUAAUGGCGCUGUUGAUGAUGAUGAUGAUGAUAUGUUGUUUUGUAUAGGGGACGAUGAGGUGUGCAAUCGGUUCAAAAUUGCAUCCCUCUCUAGGCCGUUCAAAUCGAUGCUUUACUGUAACUUUAUGGAUUCGAGGAAGGAGAGAAUAUAUUUCACCAAGAAUGGCGAUUUCUUCAGCAGGACCAAAAGCGUGUACUCUUUCAACCCGAACGCUGUCUUCGAGCUUCUGAUGGAAAAGGAAGUCGGAAAGUUGCACAAAGGUUCCCACUUGUGGGUGCUGAGGGACUACUCCCGUCACAAAGCACGGCUGGACGCCGGCCAGGCCGUCAAAAGCGGUGAAUUCACGGCGGGAGGCCACCGGUGGGAGAUCGUUUUCUACCCCAACGGCUCCUACCCAGAAACCUGGUGGCAAGGCUACGCGUCCUUAUUCUUGUCCCUGAAGAGCUGCGGCCGCGUCCAGUUUUUGCACGGAACUUACUUGUUGGAUGCAGACGGCGGCCAUCAUCGGGGUAUCAGCUUGUUCAAGCCCGGCGCGGGGAUCGGGUGCCUCAGGCCCGGCGAGUUGGCUGGUCGAACCCAAUUCAUCAAACGGUCCGUCCUCGAAUCCCCUGAAAAUGGUUACCUGAAGAAGGAUUGCCUGACGAUACGGUGCACGAUUGGGGUCCUCGAUUGCCCCUUUCCAAUAGAUCACCCCUUUGUCAGGAUCCCAAUCCCCAACAAGGAUAUAUUCUCACAUUUUUAUGAGGAGGUGAUUCGUUGUAAGAAAUCUGCUUGUGGCAACCUAAGAAGGCUGCACAAGAGUUCCUACGUGUGCGUGCUCCAAAGCGUCCAGAGCCCUGAAUUCACGGCGGGAGGCCACCGCUGGGCUAUCUUGUUCUAUCCCAACGGCUUUGACCCCGAAGUCCGGAGCCAAGGCUACGCGUCGACUGCAGACCGUAAAUUAGGUAUCAACAUGUUCAAGCGUCAAUUGGGGAUCGUGUGCCUCAGGCCCGGUCAACAGCCUAUUCAUCAAGCCGAGCGGUCCUUCCUUGAAUCCCCCGGCAAUGCCACCGCCAACGGCGAAUCCCUCAAAGAGAUAAGGUCAUCCUUGUUUAAGGAGGUGGUCCGUUGUAAGAAAUCUGCUUGUGCCGUCCUACAAAGGAGCGGUGAAUUCACGGCGGGAGGCCACCGGUGGGAGAUCGUUUUCUACCCCAACGGCUGCUACCCAGAAACCCGGUGGGAAGGCUACGCGUCCUUAUUCUUGUCCCUGAAGAGCUGCGGCCGUGUCCAGUUUUUGCACGGAAUUUACUUGUUGGGUGACAACGGCGGCCAAUGGGGUAUCAGCUUGUUCAAGUUUUGCUCGGGGAUCGGGUGCCUCAGGCCCGGCGAGCUGUCCGGUCGAACCCAAUUCAUCAAACGGUCCGUCCUCGAAUCCCCUGACAAUGGUUACCUGAGAGAGGAUUGCCUGAGGCUACGGUGCACGAUUGGGGUCCUCGAUUGCCCCUUUCCAAUAGAUCACCCCUUUCUCAGGAUCCCAAUCCCCAACAAGGAUAUAUGCUCACAUUUUUACGAGGAGGUGAUUCGUUCUAAGAAUUCUGCUUGUGCCAACCUAAGAAGGGAACUUUUGGCCAGCUCAAUUUCAUUUUCAUCUGCUCCUAAGGGGAAGCUAUUGAAAAGGGUUAUUUGGCAUCUGGGUGCAACUAAAUAUUUUUAUGCCCUUUCCUAUUGCUGCUCUUCUAUUGCUGAAAUAAACAAACCGAGCCCCAGAUUCGUCGAUGUUGUUGGGGUCUUGGCCAAGGGUUGUGAUUUGAUGGUAGCACCCUUGCACAAUUAUCAUCGGAUUCCAGAUCAGCUUAAU